GAGCUUGGGUGGGGGCCCAGGAAGCUGACCCUUCCGGGACGACUCCCCUCUGGGCCGCCCCGGCACCCGGCCUGUAUAGACGCCAGUGGUGUUACUGAACACCAGGCCACACGGCUGCGACCCUGCGCUCUGACCCUGCUCCAACCAGCCCUGACCCACUCCCCUUUGUGCCAUGGCAGCGGAGAAUGAGGAGCGGAAAAUGAUCGAUCCAAACUCAAAGGAGGACAGCCGGUUCAAGGAGCUGCUGCAGGUGCUGACGGACUGGAUGAACGGGGUCCUGGCGAAAGAGAGGGUCAUCGUCAAGCAGCUGGAGGAGGAUCUGUAUGAUGGUCAGGUGCUGCACAAGCUACUGGAGAAGCUGUCCGGCCUCAAGCUGAGUGUGGCGGAGGUGACGCAGUCGGAGGUCGGGCAGAAGCAGAAGCUGCAGACGGUGUUGGAAGCCAUGCAAGGCCUGCUGCGGCCCCACGGCCGGCCCAUACGCUGGACUGUGGAUGCCAUCCACAGCAAGAACCUCGUGGCCACCCUGCACCUGCUGAUCACACUGGUCACACACUUCCAAGCACCCAUCCGGCUCCCCGAGCACGUCUCCGUCCAAGUUGUCGUGGUCCGGAAGCGAGAAGGUGUGCUUUAUUCAACCAAAGUCACUGAGGAGCUGACCACCUCAAUGGAGAUGAUGAUGGGGCGAUCCAAGCGGGAUGCCAUGGACACCCUCUUUGACCAUGCCCCGGAUAAGCUCAUCAUGGUGAAACAGUCUCUCAUCAUCUUCGUGAACAAGCACCUGAACAAGCUGAACCUGGAAGUGACGGAGCUGGAGACACAGUUUGCCGACGGUGUCUACCUCGUCCUGCUCAUGGGCAUCCUGGGACACUACUUCAUCCCACUGCACCACUUCUACCUCACUCCUGACAGCUUCGAGCACAAGGUGCACAAUGUCGCCUUGGCCUUCGAGCUGAUGCAGGAUGCCGAACUCAAGAAACCUGAGACUCUCCCUGAAGACAUUGUCAACCUGAACCUGAAAUCGACCCUGCGGGUCCUGAACAACCUGUACGUCCGGUACAAGAAUGCCGAGUGAUCGAGUGAUCCGUGAGGGCAGCCCGGAAGCCUCUCCCGCGAAGCAGUCUCCGCCCUGCCCCACCCCGGAGCUGCCUUCUGCCCACCACCCUCCCCCGCCCUCCCCGCAUUACCCUAACCUGACCCCACUGCCCCAUGCCUGGCCCACUGGGACCCCAGACAUCACCCCUUCCAGGACCCGGUGCCCUGCAGUGCCCACUCCUCCUCACCUGCCCCAGCCUUCCUGCGGCGCCCCCUACCCACAGCCCCCCAGGCCACGGGCGCUCUUAUGGUCACAGCCUCCUGUCUUUGGCGCACAGAGUCUGCUCUGAGAGGCUGGGAAUGGUGCCACCCGCCACUGUCACCCAUGGCUGAGCUUCAGAGAAGGCACACUGGGAGCUGCACCACGGCAGGACCGGCUCACCCAGCUUGGCUCUAAUUAUUCCACAGAAGCCCUGGGAGCUGCUGCCUUCACUUCUUUCUCCUCCUCUUUUGGGUGGGCUGGAGCUGUUGGAGGGUGGCAAUGCCUGGGGGGACAGGGGAGACGGAUGGAGAUAGACACCGAGGCAGAAAGAACGGGCUCUGGGAUUUAUUUGUGCAAGUCAGACUUGUAUUUUUGUGACCUAAUACAUUGCGAGAAAACUA